AUGGAUAUCCAACUCGAGCAAUUUGUCGAUGAUCGCUACUCGCUCCUAAUCACAAAGGACUUGAAUUUCAUGAACGCGGGCGUCUUUAUGCUCAAAGUCAAUGACUGGUCGCGGUCCUACAUGCGAGAGAUUCUAUCCAAGAUGGGCAAUGGAUCAAGUGAACAGGACUGGAUGAUCAAGUUGUUGGGGGAUCCCAAUUUUGAAGAGCAACAGCAUGUCAAGUACCUCCCGCAAUGCAGUUUCAACAGUUACUGGCACGUCAAGAAGCUAUACGAAAUGUACCGCCCAGGUGAUUUUAUGAUCCACUGGGCAGGCCAUAACUUUGACAUACAAUCGUUCAACGACUGGCGAAUGGGUAGAUACAUUAAACUGCCGUUCUAA